AUGCACCGUUUGGCAAACCCAGCAUCUCGGGGUUUAGAUUCUCAGUUGGUAGGAUCUAGUUCAGGAUCAAAAUUAAAAGUUCCUGAACUGAGUAUAAAUGGCAUACAGCACGUCAUUCAAGCAGGCCAGACUUUAAAUCUCACAUGCAGGGGGGAAAUGGUUCAUUCAUGGUCUUUGCCUGAAACUCUAAGUAAGGAUAGCAAAAGGCUGAAAGUAAUUAAAUAUGCCUGUGGAAGGAAUGGGAAGCAGUCCUGUAGCAGUCUGACCUUGAGCAGAACUCAAGCAAGUGACACUGGAAAUUAUAGCUGCAAAUAUCCAACAAGUGCUGUGAAAAAGAAGAAGGAAUCUACAGUCUAUGUAUUUGUUAAUGAUACAGCCAGUCCUUUUGUAGAGAUGCACAGUGACAUACCUAAAAUAAUACACAUGACCGUGGGAAGAGAAAUGAUCAUUCCAUGCAGAGUCACAGCACCAAACAUUGCUGUUACUUUAAAAAAGAUUCCACCAGAAACCCUAAUUCCUGAUGGCAAGACAAUAAUCUGGGACAACAUGAAAGGUUUCAGGAUACCUAAGGCAACGUACAAAUUCAUAGGGCUCCUGAGCUGUGAGACAACUCUUGGUGGACACAAGUAUAGCACGAAGUAUCUAACUCACCGAGAAACCAACACAAUUUUUGAUGUCCAGUUAAGCACCCCGCGUCUAGUCAAGUUGCUCAAAGGAGACAGCCUGGCAAUUAAUUGCACUGUCACUGCAGCCUGGAACACGAGAGUGCAGAUGACGUGGAGCUAUCCCGGGGAGGCAAGGAAGAGAGGUUCUAUAACCCAGCGUAUUGACCAGAAGAAUACAGAAGCCAAUAUUUUUUACAGUAUUCUCAUUGUUGACAGAGUGCGUGACAUUGAUAAAGGCCAGUAUACCUGCCAUGUGAAGAGUGGGCCAUCAAUCAAAUCUGUUAACACAACAGUCCUUGUUUAUGAUAAAAUGUUCAUUAAUUUGAAACAUCGAAGAAAAACUGCGCUGGAGGCUGUAGCUGGAAGAAAAUCCUAUCGUUUGUCGGUGAAAGUGAAGGCAUUUCCCUCACCAGAGGUUUUAUGGUUAAAAGAUGGGCUACCUGCUGCUGAAAAGUGUGCUCGGUACAUGGUUAAAGACUAUUCAUUAAUCAUCAAGGAUGUUGCUGAAGAAGAUGCUGGAAACUACACUAUAAUAUUGAGCAUACGGCAGUGGAACUUGUCUAAGAAUCUUACCGUCACUCUAACAGUAAAUGUGAAACCUCAGAUAUAUGAAAACGCUGUGUCAUCAUUCCCUGAUCCCAAUCUGUAUUUACUGAGCAGCAAACAAGGGCUAACAUGCACCGUUUAUGGUAUUCCUCAGCCUAAAAUCACAUGGGUGUGGUAUCCCUGUAGACAAAACCAUUCUAAAACAAGACAUGGCUUUUGCUCCUAUACCGAAGGAUCUUUCAUCUUGAAAUCUGGCAGCAGCAUAGGAAACAGAAUCCAGAGCAUCACAGCACGAACGGCAGUAAUUGAGGGCAAAAAUAAGACUGCUAGCACUCUGGUUGUAGCUGAAGCCAAAUCUUCUGGAAUCUACAGCUGUAUAGCAGCCAAUAAAGUGGGGAAAGCCGAAAGAAACGUGAGCUUUAUUGUAACAGAUGUACCGAAUGGAUUCCAUAUCAAUUUGGAAAAAAUGCCCAUUGAAGGAGAGAAUUUGGUAUUGUUCUGUUCGGCCAACAAAUUCCUGUACAAAGACAUUGCUUGGAUUUUACCGAGGACAGUAAAUAAUCAAACGAAAGUAAAAAAGUCUCUCAAUAAGGAGUACUCCAUCACCCUCACGCUAACCAUCAAGAACGUUUCCCUGGUGCACUCGGGCACCUAUGCCUGCAGAGCAAGGAACAUAUACACGGGGAAAGAAGUGCUUCAAAAGAAAGACGUUACAAUCAGAGCUCAAGAGGCACCAGCCCUGCUGCGGCGCCUUACGGAUCAGACAGUGAACACCAGUAACUCUGCAAUGUUGGAGUGCCAGGUUCAUGGCAUCCCAGAGCCACAGAUAUCCUGGUUUAAAAACCAUGAAGAAAUACAGCAAGAAUCAGGAAUAAUUUUAGGGCCCGGAAGCCGAAUGCUGUUUAUUGAAAGAGUAAAAGAGGAAGAUGAAGGACUUUACCGGUGCAUAGCCACCAACUUAAAAGGGUCUGUGGAGAGUGCAGCGUAUGUCACAGUACAAGGCACAUCGGAGAGGUCAAACCUGGAGCUAAUAACGCUGACCUGUACCUGCGUGGCUGCGUCGCUCUUUUGGCUCCUGCUGACUCUCUUCAUACGCAAACUGAAGAGGCCUUAUUAUUCUGAAAUCAAGACCAAUUACUUGUCAAUCAUAAUGGAUCCUGAUGAAGUCCCCUUAGAUGAACAAUGUGAACGUCUGCCUUAUGAUGCCAGCAAGUGGGAGAUUGCAAGGGAAAGGCUUAAACUAGGAAAGUCACUUGGACAUGGAGCUUUUGGAAAGGUGGUACAAGCAUCUGCUUUUGGAAUUAAGAAAUCGCCGACUUGCAGAAUAGUUGCUGUGAAAAUGCUGAAAGAAGGGGCCACAGCAAGUGAAUACAAAGCUUUGAUGACAGAGCUGAAGAUCCUGAUCCACAUUGGUCAUCAUCUCAAUAUUGUGAAUUUGUUGGGAGCUUGCACGAAGAACGGAGGGCCUUUGAUGGUGAUUGUUGAAUACUGCAAGUAUGGGAAUUUAUCAAACUAUCUGAAGAGCAAGAGGACUUUUUUCUGCUCCAACAAGGACUCCUCUGUGCAAGUAGAGCCAAUGAAGGAGAAAAAGGGUAUUGAGCCGGUAGAAGGCAAAAAACAAAGGCUGGCCAGCAUCACCAGCAGCGAGAGCUUCGCAAGCUCGGGCUUUCAGGAAGAUAAAAGUCUGAGUGAUGUGGAGGAGGACGAGGAGGAUUCUGACGAGUUCUACAAGCUGCCUCUCACUAUGGAAGACCUGAUUUCUUACAGCUUUCAGGUGGCCAGAGGCAUGGAGUUCUUGUCCUCCAGAAAGUGUAUUCAUCGUGACCUGGCAGCCAGAAACAUCCUUUUAUCUGAGAACAAUGUAGUGAAGAUCUGUGAUUUUGGCCUCGCAAGAGAUAUUUAUAAGAAUCCUGAUUAUGUGAGAAAAGGAGACGCUCGACUUCCUCUCAAGUGGAUGGCUCCAGAAUCCAUAUUUGAUAAAAUCUACAAUACAAAAAGUGAUGUGUGGUCGUAUGGAGUAUUGCUGUGGGAGAUAUUUUCCUUAGGUGCCUCUCCUUACCCUGGAGUCCAAAUAGAUGAGGAUUUCUGCAGCAGACUAAAAGAAGGCACAAGAAUGCGGGCCCCAGAGCAAGCGACAGAAGAAAUCUAUCAAAUCAUGCUGGACUGUUGGCGAAGCAAUCCCAACGACAGACCGAGGUUCUCUGAACUGGUGAAAAAGCUGGGUGAUCUUCUUCAAGCAAACGUGCAACAGGAAGGCAAAGACUACAUACCCCUGAAUACUAUAUUUACAACUGAAAGCGUGUUUCCGUCUGCACCCAUUUCUUUGUGCAAUGAAAACGUAUCUGUUACAAGCUCAAACUGUGGAAGCACUGAAAACAUCAGAUACAUAAACACUUUCAAAAUAAAACCACCUCAGCGCAUAAAAACAUUUGAAGAACUUCCCAUCAAGGAAACGUUUGUGUUUGACGAUUACCAAGCAGACAGUGGGAUGGUGCUAGCUUCAGAAGAACUGAAACGCUUCACAUGGACAGACAGCAAACAGCGACGGACGCUCUUUGGGGUGAAAGGUGCCAGCAGGAGCAAGGAUUCGGUGCUUUCUGGAAUAACUAAGCCAAGAAGCUUCUGCAGUUUCAGUUGUGACCAACUCAGUGAUUCCAAGCAAAGAUACACUUACUGCAACACAGUGCUGGAGAAAAUGAAAGUAUGCCAUUCUCCCCCUCCUGACUACAACUCAGUGGUCCUUUAUGCUCAGCCACCCAUUUAAGUAGGCCAAGAUAUAUGCAUCUUAUCGGAAAAGGUUUUUCUAAAACACUGCCAAUUUAAACAUUUUGACCUGAAUAAUUUUACUUAUCCUACAAUUAAAAAACUGCCAUUGGCUUAACCUCAAAUGACCUGCUUUUUCACAAACUGCAAGAAGCAUACACAAAAUAUAGUAAGAUACUAAUGCUUAGGCCUCAGCUUUCCCAAUGCUGACCACCAACAGCUGUCACUAAAAUUGCCUGAUACUUUUGAAAACUCGAAUGGCCAUCCAUCAUUACAGACAAAACAAGCUCAGUGUUUAGUCCUUGGCAGCAGGAUAGUAUUUAAUGCUACAGUCACCCGGCCUCUGUUCAGACUUGUGCAACACUGAUCUUCUAGUCAGGAGCACCCUGGAAGAUGCACCCCACUGCUUAGACCUAUGGGUAAGGCUACCUGUGUACCGCUGAAAAAUAAAGGAUUGUCUGAAAAGAGGUAGACAAGAAGGGGACCACAUUCUACAGUUUUUAGUCAAAACUCUACUUUGAGAAACUUGAGGGAAGGCUAAUGCUGUAGGGAAUCUGAAUUAACUAGCUGGGUAUGAGGCAUUAGGAAGGGCUUACUCCUUUGGGUAAGAAAAGGGGCAGGGGAGAGUCCUGUGAGGCCAGGAUUUCAAGCACAGGUGUCGUAAAACACAUUUGGCAAGGAUAUAAAGGAACUAAGAUCAGAGCCAGGGGCUGUAAUAACAGGGACUGCAGAUCAAUUCACUUUGGUCAAGCCUGCUGAAAUCAAGUAAACGUUCUUGAAGUUUUGUACUUUUUCAAUAUGCCAACAUACACACACUGGAAACAAAUAAACUAGACAUGUUAAGCCAAGCUUUGUCCACGAAACCUAGUGGACCUUCUAACAUUGCACUGAUUAUAUUUUAUUUAUGGGAAUCUGUCUGAAAGGACAGAAUGGCUACUAAACUGCAUAAACCUUAAACAAAGGAUUGAUUAUUAGAGAGUUUGAAAGGUUUAGUUAGAAAUAAGACAAUAUAUUGGAAAGUCAGGGCAGCUUUUCUAUGAUUACAGUUGAAUUUCCAGGUUAGUUAAGAGUAUAUAUGUACAGGAAUAAAAGUGUAUCAUUUAUUUGCAACAGAGUUUUAUAUAGCAUCUCAGAAAGGAAAUGUUUUUCAUUUGAAAAGUGUAAGGAUGCACUAUCCCCCUUUACCUUUGAAUGCGAUAGUAAGACGGCUUUUGGCCAAUUAACAGUCGCACUGACGUUUUCUGGAUCAACAACUACUACCCAGUCUCAGUUUCUUGGGGUCCGCUCUAAACAUAUUUAUUAAAACACUACUUGCAACAUGGUUCUGACCACUCAAAACUCGGUUUAGGGGCUGUGAGUUUAACCCACCACUAGACAUAAAAGCAAAUGUCCUUUUUGUAUUUACAAAGAUAAAAACAUUCUUGUAUACGCAAGAGAAACAUGUACUGCUAACUCCUAAGCUACAAAGAAUCCAUUCUAGAUCUUCCUUGCCAAGAGAUCAUUAAUUUUUAACUAUAAUUUACUGCACUGUCUCUUGCUGGAGAAGUGUAUUCUAUCUUGACCAAAACAAUUGGAAAUUAAAAGCAGCGUUUAACUCCAAUUCAGCUGAAAUAACUGAGGGAUAAUGCAUCUCUAAAAGGAAGUGUUUGCACAGUGUAAAUAUAUAAAUAUGCUUUUUGUGCAUAAAUAUUUAAGAAAAUUAGACUACAAAAGUUACUUUUAUAUGAACUCCAAGUUUCUUUGGAUGUGAAUAACUUACUUUUAUCUUACAUUUUCUCUCCUAAUAUAAUGUAUUUGACUGCUAAAUUCAUAUAAUAAAGUUUGCUUUUGAAAGAGCGUACACAGAUCUGCCAGGCUAAUUAACCCAGUAAAGAUAACCACAAUAGACAAUCCAGCUUUGGGCAGCACUAGCAUGUACAUCUGUCCAUCAAUCUAUCAAAUAUGCAUGGAAGGUACCCUACCCACAGAUACAGUGAUGGACACUUGCAUUGCUCCCUAUGUAAGUGAAAUACACUAGAUUCAGCAUACUUCAGAGAUACUUACUGCUGUCCAAAGGAGGAGAAAAAAAAAAAAAAACACAACAACACACACCACACACACCACCACACUCUACUGUCCAGGAAAAUCGAGGUUUCAUGGUGGAGAAAAGGAAAUCCGUUGACAAAUAGCCAUUUAGCUGCCCCUUGGUCACUUCUGCAGCUAGAACAUCUGGUAUAGAUGAAAGGACAACAAAAGAAGCUACAGUAUCACCAACUCAAAGCCUGUUCUGAACCAACUGUGACAUGAGUUACUGCAUCCAGCCUGGUAGGUGUUUCUUCUUCUUCAUGGGGAUUCUCCGAGUCCCUGCCCCCAAAAGCAGAUCCUGGCGAAGCUGCCUCCACUUAGAUGUUCAAAUGAGUGCUCUUUGGUAUAUAACAUUAGAUGAUCUGAGUGGAUCUCCAAGUCAUGCUGCAGAUAUGACUAUGCAAAAGCGCUGGAAGGAAACUGCGAAGAAACUUUCUCCAGAGAAAUAGAGCGUUACGGGAUUACCUACUGCUGUAGGAGGUUCUGUAUCUGUUGCUAUACAUUGCUAAGAAAGACUGGAGACUAGAUGAGUGCACCAAGCAAGCCUGCUGCAACUUCAGUCUCUAUAUAAUGUUUCUAAAUCAACAAUGUAACUUAAGGGGCAAUAACUCCAUAUGAAAUACAUGCAAGAAAAAUAAUCGACAAUAUCACACAUCUUGCACAAAAUUUCAUGUAACAUAAGGAUGGUAAGAGUUGGAUGGUACAGAAGAUUUUACCCCACCUGUAAAUCACCUUGCCUUUGGUGAUGAACAAUACAGAAUAAAUAAUUCUGGGCACUGAAGCUGUCAAUCACUCCAUAUGCAAGUUUUCAGAGACACUAAUAUACCUUUGGGCAAAAAAGCUCAAUAAACAUGGCAGUUAGCGUACUUCAUUUUAAUACAGUUUUCAGAAUUAGGACUUGUCUAGUAAAGUAGAACUGAUUGACAGAAGCAGUUACUACUUUGAGUUGGGAGUUAAGGAAGUGUGUAUUACUAUACUUCUAGUGUAUAGUAUCUAUAAAUUUUUGGACAUCUGAUGUGCUGUAAGUGGUAAACAUUAAACAUGCUUUGUGAAUCAUGAUUGUUUAAGCUCCACACUGGAAACAAAGAGUGAAUACCAAAGAAAUACGAUAGAAUGAAAUACAAUUCCAGCACUAAAGUUGUGAUGAGGUCUAUCCGAUUUCUGUACUUCACAUGCUCAGAAUAAGACUAUGUUGUUUCUGGUAUUCUUUAUUAAAAAUACUGCUGUACACAUGAAGAAUGAAAACAGGAUUAAAGAUGAGUAACACAUAUUGGGAUCAUGACAUUAGAACUUAACAUACUGGUGCUUUUUAGGGGAAGCUGUUGACACCUGAAUUACUGAAACAAGGGCAAAUCAAGAAUACAUAGGUACCCUCAACAAAAUAUUUACAAUAUAGUAAAUACAGCAACAGAAUUUAAAAUAGGUACAAAAAUUAAAAUGACCAACAUCACGUGAUUUCAAAGGUUGUCCCUUCUGUGCUUUUAGCUGUAAAAAUAGGAAGGUCAGAAUUAAAUUUCCCAUCUGGGAGGGCACAUCCUAGUGGUGCUUCUUUUUAAACAGAGAUACACAAUUCUUCCUAUGAAUGCAUUAAACUACAACUUUAGGACAACCUUCUAAAUGGAAUUAAAAUGGGGUAGAAGAGCUCUCCCCCCAAAAAACACCCAAGCUGAACUUCAGACUGUUCAAAUCAUUCCCAAAAAUGGACCAAAUGAAAUAAAUAGAAAACAAAACUUUUUUUUUUAAUGUAUUACCUGACACCAAAUAUUUUCUGGCUGACAUUGUUUAUGUAUGAAAACUUAUUAGCUGUCUACCUUUUUAUUUUUAAACCAAGUCCUGAGGUUACUAGGGGCUGAAGCAAACUGACAUUAUGUAAGUACACACACGUUUGCAAUUUAGACAUGUCUCGCAGAGGGCGAUUUGCUGGUCUAAAAAGGAUGAGAAUUCAAGCCCUAUUUUACCCCUGCCUUGCACUUUCACAAAAUAUUGGUCCACAAAUUAAAUUUUCAAAGGUCCCCAAACCCCACAACCAAACAGAUGAUCCCCUUUCAUUUUCAAAGAAAACAAUACUGGAAAAAAACCUCAGCCCGCUUAUAAAUUAAGCAUUUCAUAUUUCUUCUAGAAUACAAGUACUUCUUUUUUGUACAAAAGAAUUACAAUAUGAUUUGUCAAAAAACAUAUAAAAAGACAGCUGCUCUUCCUCAAAUACAUGAGCUAAUGAUAAAAGACUGUUUUGCAUGUUCACUUCUCAAAGUUCCUGUUCCUUUUACAUUAAAAAGAACAUUCUGGCAACUGUUAUCGUUUGAAUAUUAAACAUUAUGUUCCUUUUAAAAUUCAUUCAAUCAAAAGCAACAAUAAUCGAUUUUAACUCAACAACUGAUGCUACCUAAUGUGGAUUCAACCACAUUUUCUAAAAUGUGUAAAGCAUGUCCCUAGUCUUCAAAGCUUUCGAUGUGAAGAGAGUUGCUUUUCUUGAUGCAAGUCUCGAGGCGGCGGAUCAUUUUAAAGCUUAUAAAAGUGGACAGAGAAAUAUUAAAAACUUCUCUGAAAACUACAAAUAUUGAGAAUUAUUAAAAUUGAUGUCAGUAACAUCAGUUGCAAGUGCUUAGAGUCUGUCCUGACCUUUUGAGUUUCCACAUUUUCUUCAUGGUGAGCACCCAGUGCUAUUAAAACAUUCAGUGCUGGGAAAGGAUAGAUACAGUCUUCACUACUGCUUUAAGAAAGGAAAUUCCUACAUAUUUGAUUUGGCAGUCUUCAGUAUCAAAGUGUAGGUGUUUAACUACAAAUCCCAUGAAUACCCAAGUAUGGAGACAAUUGCAUGUCCAAAUAUUAGAAAGAUAAUUGAGGAGGAAAAUUCCAUCCAGACUUUUGAGACUGAAUUACUUCAUGAAUAUUCAUGUGUUGAGUAUUAUCAAAAGUAAUAUUACUUUGGGCUAAGCAGUGACUGCAAAGGCACAGCAGAUCAUUAUCCCUCCAGAUUCAGGCUGUAAAACUUGAAAAGCUCUUGAUGCCAGACAACUGCUGUGUUUAGUUAAUCUUCUUUUAACAGUGUCUUUGUAUCUGUAUCCAGUGUAGCGUACCAUAAUAAAGCUGUGGUUCAAAGAACAGAACUUUAUACAAAAAUUAUAUUGUAAAUAACCUAAAGUAAUACACUCCUGAAACUUCAGGCAUUUAAACACAAUUUCUUUUAAAAAAACUAUUAAAAAAAUUGCAUAAAUGUAAAUGCUUCUGACUAGCACGAAAACGUACAAACAGUUUUUAAAAGGCGCUGGUUGUGUUUAGAGCAAAUUUGAUAUGCUCCUUAAAUUAUAGAUGCUUCUCAUGAUGCUAUUUUCGUCACUUCGCUUAGACAAUGUUUAAAUCAAAUGAGGGGAUUUUUUUUUUCUUUUCCUCUUUUUUUUUUUUUUGACAAUUCUCUGAUACUUCACUUGAUUGGUUUUAAAAAGUUUCAUCUUCUGGUUCGUUUCUUUUUUUAAACUAACAGUGGGUGGCAUACAGAGCUUGCAUACAACACACUUUUACAGAGGUUACAAAC